GCCAUCAUAAAUCAUACCUAUGUUCGCGUGGUCACACAACACAACAAAUACGCGACGCGCGUAUAUAAUUAUAAACAGGUUACCAAUCUAACAGAAACAAAUUGUUCCAAUAUCCCCACCUGUUAAUUCGCCACUCGUAACAAUUCAAACACCAAAUAUCGUUUGUACAUGUGUAUUUACUUGCUUGCAUUCAAGCUUCACAGUUAUCGGGGUAGUAUUUGAAUCUUUCGUAUAAAUUGAUGUUCAAAGUAGCGUGGUAAUUUUUAUUCAUGGAUAUCAAUCUAUGGCGAUACAGUGACUUCGGUUCAGUACCCUUCAUUAAGUUAACAACGCGCACAACUUUUUUAUCUUUUGAUAAAUGCAACAGAAAAGACUGUCAUGGAUUUUUAAUGUUUAAAUUAAUAUAAUAUAAUCAUGAAACACACAAUGCAAGUUACUACUUAAAACUAUUUUUAAGUAGUCUUGUUUAUGUCUUGGCAAAAACAAACGGUAUGUUUGUAAAUGUAUUUUUUUCUGAUUGGUGUAUCAAAAAGUAUUUGAUUUUCUAUCCGCCUUAGACAGGGGCUGUUAUUAGGACGAAUAAGCCUAUAUCGUUGAAUUAAUUUUAUUUUGUUACAUGCUUGACAUUAUUUUUACCAAUUCAUUAAGAAAGUAAUAAUCAAAUAUGGAAGGUAAUUCGUACAUUUCAUGUAUUAAAAUUAAUGGAGUUCCUAUUUUACCGCCGUUGAUGACUAAGGAUGUCAAAGAAGAAAUGUUUAAUUACAAACAAAUUGCAAUAUGUGUAGAGAAAAGAUUAGAAGCUAUGCGUGUUACUCGUAAAAAAAAUAAAGACAUUGAUACCGAUGUAAUUAAAAGGAAUUUUCGGAACACACUAAAUAAUACAAAAGAAGAUUUAUUCCUUUCGGAUUAUAAUAAAUAUCGAAAUAAAAAUGAAACAAUUACUAACGGUUUUUCAACAGAAAUAUUUGAAAAUUCUACAGAAGGCUUAAAACGGAAUUCACAAUGGAAUGGAGACACAAACACAUAUUGUCAUUCUGAAUAUCAGGUUAAAUUAGCUUCCAAUGCUUGCUUAAAGUCCGAGGUGCUUCCUCCAAAAGCUGAUGUAGAUCAGCACGCAAAGAAAAUAAGUUCUACAAAAUCCACUACCAUUGAAACAAUGUCCGAUGUUUGUAAACCACAAGUGCCUACUACUUUGAACAUUAUUCCAAUGAUAUUGAACAAUCCUGGCAGCAGAGGGGAUGAAGUAUAUAAGAAAGAUGAUUUGAACGAUGCAGGUGACACUCCUAAAUUAAUUCGUCAGGGUUCGUACGUGCUGGAUACUCCGAGCCCGAUACUGCUUGCACAUAUGCAAAUGGAACAUAAUUCUGCUGCUACACCUUGUACAGAAUAUAUUCCAACGCCGUGUUCGAAUAAAGGCCAUCGCAGAGAAUGGAAUAUCUCGCGUGCUAAGAUGGAAUGGGAAUACGAAUCCAGAAGUAAAAAUGUUAAUCCCAGUGUUCCUACAGAAUCGUUAGAACUAUCCUCAAAUAAAAAGAGGAACAGCGGUUCUAAGGUCGGUCAAUGGAUACACAAAUCAGUUUCCUCGCUAACAAUACCUACAUCCUCAUUUGCAGCAUUCCCAGCUACACGAUCUGUUGAUUGCAUUCAAACGAUGUUAGCUAAUGAAUGCAUAGAGAAGAGCAAUAUGGAAAAUAAUCGUGAUAGAAAAUAUGCUCUGCGUAAUAGUAAUGAAAGAAGACAGGAUUUUCAGAGUUCAAAAAAGCGUAAUCAUUUUUCUACUUCUCAAUUAGCGCACAAACGUGGUAGCGUUCCGGAGCGUGCAGCUAGUAACGAUAGCAGUGUACCAUUUUCUAAUAAUUUGGUGCACGAGCAUGAUAAAGUUCCUAUCGGCGAUAGUUGUGCGGAGGUAAUGCCAAGAAACAUAGACACAGAAGAUCUUACAUCUAAGUUAAAAUUUACUAUUACUUCGGAUAAACUACUCACUGUCUACAAAAAAGUACAAGAAAUGCAUAAAAAUCAAAUGGCGGAGCUAGUUACUCGACAACAAAGAGAACAAACUCUACUUCAGGAAGAGUUUAAGAAGCAACAGCUACUUUUGCUAACCGAGAUUAGAAAAUCCUUUCCAGAAAUUUCAGUUUCACUGCCUUCUGAGAAUAUUUUGUCUACUUCGUUCAAUCAAGACACCCCCGAUAGUGAAAAGCUCUCCGAAGACAUCGAUUCUAAUACGGAAAUUACUAAUAAUAUGAAAAAUAACUCGCAAGACGAAAGAAAAGUAGACCAUUUUCAUAACGAUAAUGAAAAGCUAAUGCCAUGUCCACUAGACAAUACUUACUCCGAAAUCAGUCUUCCUGCUAUGGAAUCUUGUUUUACAGUGGGAAAAGAGGAAGUUAAGAUACAGCCAGAUAAAGAUAGAAGUUAUGAGAAAAUAUUGAUAAAAGAUGGUGGUGGGUCUAAACGUUUAAACGUUAGCAGACAGUUGUUUCCUUUAGAUAGUAAAACUGUUCACGUACCGAUUCUCGAUAGGAGAGUAUAUGGGUCUAAACAUAUUGAAGCUGUAAAUGUGAUCAAUGCGUAUACACGUGGCUACUUAGUACGUAGAAUAAUGCGAACGGAACGAGUGAUCGCUUUGAAAAAUACAUAUAAAGAAGCUUUACAUUGCAUGCUCAAGCUGCAUGUCGAUGCACCCCUCAAUCGAUCGGAAUCCAAUUUCCUAUACCGUCUACAAUUACAGUGUGACGCAGCUUCUAUGAAUAUAGUGGAGUUAUUUACCCAAAAACCUGAGAAAAGAAUGCAGGUAAUAGCGCAAGAUCGUGAAAUCAAGCAAUCUCGUGCAGAGCGUCCAACAUCAGCCAGAUCGUAUUCAUUCGCGACUCAACGGACCUUAGCGAGGAAAAAACUGAAGGAGAUGGAAGAUCAUCAACCAUCUUUUACUCGUUCAUGUUUAUCUAGAUCUAGAUGCCAAACUUGGACAUCAGAUGACAAGGAAAAAAUUCUUUCCCCAAACAUUUUAUAUCAUAAUAUUAAAAGGAGCACUAGUGCGGGUACCGUAAGAAAACCAUGGCGGUAAAAUUACAAUAGUGCCUUUGAUCGUUUUCGUUUUAUUGUAUCAUACACGCGUAAAUAUUAUAUUGUGUAAACAAGCUCACUUUGUGCCUGAAUUUUUAAUAAAUUUUGUUACAUAUAAAGUA